AUUUAGGCAAAUUGCACCAUAAGUUGACUUUACUAGUAUAUCAUGAAAUCAACGACCAGUUAGCCUUUUUAGAUGCAGUCUUUGUUUAUCAAAAUUCACAAAUUGAAGCUCAGGAAUUAUCUCAAAGAGAGAAACUGAAACUGAGAGAGAGAGAGAGAGAGAGAUGGGAAAGCCUGGUUCCCAACCUCAGUUUGAUCAGUCUUCAACAACUCCAGGGACUGAUCAAUCUUCUUCAGCUUCAAUCAACCAUUUCAGUCAUCCACAUCCUCUACAACUCUCCAACUGUCAAUCCCAACAAGGCUUCAGUGCCAAUUUAUGCUCAGGCUGCAAACUUGAGGCCUCAGGAAUCGUAUACCGUUGCACUAUGUGCAACUACUUUCUGCAUCAAAAAUGUUCUCAAAUGCCUCAAAAUAUCACUCAUCCCUUCGACCAAAACAACCAUGUUCUUUCCCUCCUCCCAAAACCAGCCUACCCUCAAGGCAUAUUCAACUGUGAUGCCUGUAGCCAACAAGGCAAUGGCUUCUGUUAUCACUGUCAAACCUGUGGAAUAGAUCUCCACAUCCUUUGCGCAUCCAUGCCAAUGGAAUUCACUCAUCAAUCUCACCACCACCAACUUAACCUCACAUUCUCACCACCUUAUCCAGACAAAGCCUUCUCCUGUGAUAUCUGCAAGAUGAAUGGGCACAACCACUGGCUAUACCACUGCAGCAUCUGUCAAUUCGACGUUCAUUUGACCUGUGUAAAUGCGUUACCAAUAAAUCGUACUUUCACUCAACCUCCAUCAGUGCUGAAUCAGAUCCAGUCCAUGAUUACAAGAAGUAUUUCAAUGCCUCCUGCACAGCCGACCAUGCCUAACAAUUUCGCGAACAACGUAAAUCCUGUGGGCUUCAAUUCGUUCAGGCCUACAGGAGGCAUGGCGGCGCCAAUCCAUCUGCAGUCUCAGCCUCAAUCUUUUGUUGCGACCCCUUAUGCAGCUCCAACUCCUAUGCAGCAAACCUUCAUCCCACCAAACAAUUAUAUGACCCAUGGAGGUUAUGGCCAACCUGUUAUGCCCGCUGGAUAUGCCCAACAGCAGAAUACUAUGACUACUCAGAUUGCUGGUGGGGUAGCUAAUGGGCUAGCUAGUGGUGCUUCUCAAUCAGCGACACAGGCCCUGAUUCAGGGAAUAUUUGGUGGUGGUGGAGGAAAUGGAGGAGGAGGUAAUGACGUUACUGGUUUUAGUACUACAGGAGCUGAUGUGAUUCCAGCAGAUCAAGGCACAUAUUUUGUAUCAGAUGGCAGCUUCAACCAGAUUGAUGGAGGAUAUGGAGGAGAUGUUACCACCACUUAUUGAUGAUGUUAUCCAAACUUCUCUUAUAUUUUUCUUCGUACAUUUCUUGAAUUUUCAUAAAUCCAGGUGAUUCCUGAAUAGAAGGGGGGAAAAAAGAUCUAUCGAGGUUGAUCAAGUUUAUUUCUAAAUCUGGAAAUUUGCAUGAUAGCUUUUUUGUUCUA